UUGCUCCAUCACUUCCUCUCAACGGCCUAUGUUAUAGCGUCUCGCGAUUUUAUUGUAACCCACCGCGGCUGCCAAGAACCCCAUCGCGAAUUCGAAGACUGAAGCUUCCUGCAAGACGAUUAGAAAUUUCCUGAGAGGUUAAGCUGAUAAUGGGACCAACAAAAAGAUUUAAACGUGUGAACAAGAAGUGUGACCGUGAAAUCUCUCCCAGAAAAGAAAGUGAUAGUGCUGAACAAAGUCCCAAUAGGAAAAGAAAGCCAUCUGAGAUGCUUGGGCCUCAAUGGAGCAAUGAUGAGAUGACUCUUUUUUAUAAUGCUUACCAGAAGUUUAGUAAAGAUUGGAAACAGGUUUCUGAUGCAGUAAGAAAUCGAUCUUCUGAAAUGGUGGAAACCCUUUACUUCAUCAACAGGGCAUACUUAUCUCUUCCACAUGGAACUGCUUCUGCAGAUGGCCUGAUUGCUAUGAUGACUGAAUAUUACAGCAGCAUGGCAGGAACUGAUAGCGACCAAAACAACAAUGUUGGAUCAGGAUCAGCUGUAAAGACAAAGAAGCAUUCUCAUGGUUCUAAAGCAACUGAAGGGCAAUCUGAUUCACCUUCUCAAACUGUUUCCUCAUAUUCUGGUUGCCUUCCUUUGUUAGCACGCUCUGGAGGGAUGCCAGCUUAUCCUGUCCGGAAGAGGACACCAAGGCUCCAUGUUUCAUCUUCAUCUAAAAAUAAUGAUGGGGGCAUUUCUGCUACCAAGGAAGGCUUGCAAUUGAAUGCUAAAGCCAGUGAUGAUGAAGUAGCUCUUCAUGAAAUUUCCGUAGUGUUGACAGAGGAAUCUCCAAGAUAUUGUUCUCAAAUUUCUCAGGCACCAAGUAAAAGAGCUGGUUAUGAGAACCCUGACUUUGAUGCCCUUCGUAUGCUGGCUGAUUUGUCUUUGGAGAUAAUUCUGAAAAAAGAUGAGCCAAUACAGUUUGAAGAUGAAAGUGAUGUCCAUGUUGAUGGAUCUGCAUUACAAGCUCCUCCCAUUAAUCUGCAAAAGGGAAAACAGAGAUGCUCAAAUGUAAGAAAGAAGGGGCAUGACCCAGAAUCAUGUCAUAAUGUGUCCACUAAGAAAAUGAAACCUGGAAAAUGUGCAGUUGUAGAUGCUAGGCAUAUUCCUGAAGAAAAUGCAGGGCUUCAUAAGUUAAUGACCAUGGCAAGAAAAGGGCAAACAUUACAUGUUUAUAAGGCUGAAGCAGCAAGGAAGAAGUCAAUGCCUAAGAGAAAGAAAUCCACACAAAGCAGUUUGCAAAAUUUGAUGAAGAAUUCAGACAAUUCUUCAAGUGUUGAUCUACAUAGAGAAGGCAGUGAUUCUGUCCAGCCGGCGGUACAGGUCCCUGCACUUGAUGAGUUUAACAAUUCUCCUAGUGCUGAUCCACAGAAAGAAGGCAAUGAUUCAGUCCAGCCGGCUGUACAGGUCCCUUCAGUUGAUGAGUUUAAUUUAACCCCUAAGGUUUGGAACAGGCGCAAAAUGAACUUAAAAAACUCCCAACUACAAAAUGAUUUGAAGUUUAUUGAUGAAAACUUAAACGACCAUAGGAAUUUGACAGUGUCUUCACUUGGCGAGAGAGCAUUUAAUUUAAUGGAAAUACUGUUGAGGUGCUUUUCAAAUCCUCUUCUAAGGAGGUGGUGUAUUUGUGAAUGGUUCUAUAGUGCCAUUGAUUAUCCUUGGUUUGCAAAAAGAGAGUUUGAUGAAUAUUUGUGUCAUGUUCGAUUGGGUCAUGUUUCAGAGUUAACUAAGGCAGAAUGGGGUAUCAUAAAAAGUUCUCUUGGAAAACCACGGAGAUUUUCGAAUCAAUUUCUGAAGGAAGAAAUCGUGAAGCUUAAUCAAUAUCGAGAUUCUGUAAGGAAACACUAUGGGGAGCUUUGUGAUGGUGUUCGGGAAGGAUUGCCAAAUGACCUUGCAAGACCGUUAUCAGUUGGACAGCGUGUAAUUGCGAUCCAUCCAGCAACAAGAGAGAUCCAUAAUGGAAGUGUGCUGACAGUCUAUCAUUCUAAAUAUUAUGUUCAAUUUGAUUGCCAUGAGCUAGGGGCUGAAUUUGUCAUGGACAUCGACUGCAUGCCUUUGAAUCCUUGUGAGAGUAUGCCUCCAUUGUUUAAGAGACAAACCAUUGGUGUUGAUAAGUUAAAAAACCUCAAGGAACUGAAUCUAAAUGGACAGUUUUGUGUGGAUAACCAUGAUGGUAUUUCUCACUCAUCACAAGCAACUGAUCUGGCCCGGCCAUUGAAGCAGGCAAAGGUGGCUUCUGCAAUUACUGAUGGGCAACCAAGAAUGAUCUCCGCAGAAAAUGGGAGCCACCACCAACUUACGCAUUCCCUAUCUAGUACCAUGGCUCGUAUGCAGGCAAAGGAAGCCGAUGUCCAAGCUCUCACAGAGCUGAAAUUUGCCCUCCAAAGAAAGGAAGCUGUUGUUCUGGAGUUGAGACAUGUGAACAGCGAAGUAUUGGAAAAUCAGGAGGAUAUUGAUCGCUUGUUGAAGGAUUACGAGCCAUUUAGGAGGCAAUACGCAGCUGUGCUGCAACGAUUGAGUGAAACCAAUGAGAAGGUUUCGUCUGCAUUAUAUUGCUUGAGACAACGAAAUAGGCAAAGCGAAAAUACUCUGCUUACAUGUCCUGGUCUAGUUUCUAAUCCAAGUGGCGGUUUGAGUUCUCUUGAUCACUCAGCUUGUCAAACUCUUGAAUCAGAAUCACAUGCUAAUGAAAUAAUCAAUGUGUCGAGAACAAAAGCUCGGGCAAUCGUGGAUGCAGCCAUAAAGGCAUUAUCAACAUGCCCAUGUAGAGAGGACACCGGCAAGAAAAAUCACGAAACCAUAGAUUAUCUAAACUACAAGCUCCCCUCAGAUGAUUGCAAUCCCUCCACGAUAUCCAACACGGGCGUGCAAAUUUCAUCCGAGACAAUAUCCAAAUGUGUGGCAACCUUGAUCAUGAUCCAGAAGUGCACAGAAGGACAGUUCCCUGCUAGGGAGGUGGCGAAGAUACUGGAUUCUGCCGGUACAAGCUUACGGCCACGGUGUGCUCAAAACCUGCCGGUUUAUGCUGAAAUACAGAAGUGCCUGGGCAUCAUCCGGAACCAAAUUAUUGCCCUGAUUCCUACUACAUGACAUUAUAACACGACCUUACAUUGCAUUGAGGUUAGUUAUUUGUUUUUGUGAAGUUUUGGAGUGCAAUUUACUUGUGGGUAAAUAAUGCGAUCUUGUUUUAGGGUUUAGGGUUUGGGGUUUAGAAUCGUGAUAGUUUACAAGACUCACAUUUUCUUGAAACUUUAAUUUUACCUCCUGAAUUGGAUAUAAUUCUCCCAUGUUUUUCUGUUAAGGAAUUAUGGGUUCUUGUGGAUAGAUUUUGGGAUU